AUGUCAGCACUUGAAUUUCAAAAUACAUUUAAACGAGAUUUUUUAAUUAAUAAUGAAAAACGCUUUCAAAAUAAAUGGAAAGAGGAACGCAUUUUUGAGGUAGAUGCGCCUUCUCUUGAAGAUGAACCAACAAAUAAUAUAAAUAUUUUACAUGAAAAAUACCCUAAAUUUUUUGGGACUAUGGCUUAUCCAUAUAUGAAUGGAUCAUUACACUUAGGACAUGCUUUUACCAUGACGAAAGUCGAUUUUGCUAUUGGCUUUGAACGUAUGAGAGGAAAACGAUGUCUUUUCCCUUUAGGAAUGCAUUGUACAGGAAUGCCUAUAAAGGCAUGUGCUGAUAGACUUAAGCAAGAAAUAGAACUAUUUGGGCAAGAUUUUUCGGGAUAUACAGAAGCAAAAAAUACGUUUGCACAAUGUUCACCUAAUAAAAUCGAUUUACCUAAAUUUCAUGCAAAAAAGGGAAAGGUAGCACUAAAAAAACAUGAUCAACAAUAUCAAUUCCAAGUUAUGCAACUUUUAGGUAUACCUAAUAAAGAAAUAUAUAAAUUUGCAGAUGCAAAAUACUGGUUAACAUACUUUCCAGAUAUAUGUAAAGAGGAUGCAACAAAUUUCGGUGCUCGUAUUGAUUGGAGAAGAUCUUUUAUUACUACUGAUACCAACCCAUAUUAUGAUAGUUUUAUACGUUGGCAAAUGAAUCGUUUAAAACAGUUACAAAAAAUAAAAUUUGGUGAACGAUAUACUAUUUUUAGUGCAAAAGAAAAUCAACCUUGUAUGGAUCAUGACAGACAACAUGGAGAAGGUAUUAAUCCUCAGGAAUAUACAUGCAUAAAGUUAAAAGUUAUUUCAUGGUCCGAAAACGUUAAAUCUAUCAUUAUUAACUCUAAUCUCUUUGAAAAAAAUAUAUAUAUGAUUGCCGCAACAUUAAGACCAGAAACAAUAUAUGGACAAACAUGCUGUUUUGUUAAACCCGAUAUUUCUUAUGGAAUAUUUGAAUCGAAUGAUCCUAAUGAAUAUUUUCUUUGCACUUCAAGAGCUGCAAAAAAUAUGGCAUUUCAAAAAUUAUCACCAGGGAGAGGAAUUGUUAAUAAAAUAGUAAAUUUAGUAGGUUCUUCAAUGAUUGGCACAAAAGUUAAAGCCCCUUUAAGCAUAUAUGAAGAAGUAUACGUUUUACCAAUGGAAAACAUACUUGUAGAAAAAGGAACAGGCAUUGUUAUAUCUGUUCCCUCUGAUUCUCCUGAUGAUUAUGCAACAAUUUUAGAUUUAACUAAGAAAGCAGAUUAUUAUAAAAUCAAAAAAGAAUGGAUAUCUUUUGAGCUAUUACCUAUAAUUCAUACCCCAGUAUAUGGUAACCUAGCAGCUCCUGAAUUAUAUAAAAAAAUGAAAAUUCAGAGUCCAAAAGAUUUUAAACAGCUAGCAGAAGCAAAAGAAUUAAUAUACAAACAAAGCUAUUAUCAUGGGACAAUGCUUAUAGGGAAAUAUAAAGGAGAAAAAAUUGAAAAAGCUAAACCAAAAGUUCGCUCUGAUUUAAUUGCUAAAAAAGUUGCAUUUAUAUACAGUGAGCCUGAAGGACUUGUUAUAAGUAGAAGUGGCGAUGAGUGCAUUGUAGCUUUAUGUGAUCAAUGGUACAUAGAUUAUGGAGAAGAAAAUUGGAAACAUCAAGCAAAAAAAUGCCUACAUAAAAUGGAAACAUAUGGAGAUGAAACUAAACAUGGGUUUGAAGGAACCCUUGAAUGGCUAAAUCAAUGGGCAUGUUCAAGAUCUUAUGGAUUAGGAUCACGCCUUCCAUGGGAUCCUCAAUAUCUUGUAGAAAGUUUGACAGACUCUACUAUUUAUAUGUCUUACUAUACUAUUGCUCAUUUUCUUCAUGAAGAUAUUAUGGGAGCAAAAAAAGGUCCAGCUGGUAUAGAAGCAGAAGACAUGACAGAUGACGUAUGGGAUUAUAUUUUUUGUCGUGGUCCUAUACCAAAUACAAAAAUACCAAUUCUUACACUUGACAAUUUAAAACGAGAAUUUGAAUAUUUUUAUCCUUUAGAUCUUAGAGUUUCAGGAAAGGAUUUAAUUCCUAAUCAUCUUACUUUUUGGAUAUAUAUUCAUACAGCAAUAUUUCAAGAAGAAAUGUGGCCAAAAGCAGUGAGAGGAAAUGGUCAUUUAUUGUUAAAUGGAGAAAAAAUGUCUAAAUCCAAAGGAAAUUUUUUAACAUUAAAAGAAGUAGUAGAAAAAUUUGGGGCAGAUGCUACUAGACUAGCAAUGGCAGAUGCAGGAGACAGUCUCGAUGAUGCAAAUUUUGAAGAAACAACAGCUAAUUCAGCAAUAUUGCGUCUAUACACAUUAAGUGUAUGGUGUGAGGAACAAAUUAAAAAAUUAGAUAAUUUUAGAACAGGAGAAAUGAAUUUUCACGAUAAUGCCUUUGAAAAUGAAAUGAAUGAGCUAAUUCAAAUAACAUAUGAUCAUUAUGCUAAUACAUCGUAUAAAUUAGCUCUAAAAGUUGGUUUUUAUGAUUUCCAAGCUGCUAGAGAUUGGUAUCGUGAAGUUUCUCAUAGUCAUGGAAUGCAUAAAAAUCUAAUAAAGAGAUGGAUUGAAAUUCAAGCUUUAUUGAUGCUACCCUUUAUUCCACAUUUUAGUGAAUUUAUAUGGCUAGACAUUUUAAAAAAUGAAUCAUGUAUCCAUCACGCCCAUUUUCCAAUAAUUUCGAAACCCAUUGAUACUUCUAUGUCUUCUAGCUUAACGUAUCUUCGGUAUAUUGUACGAAUAAUUAGAGAAGAAGAAGGGCAAUUGCUUAGAAGGCAAAAAAAAGUCAAAAAUAUACUAUUUGAUCCUAAAAAACCAAAGAAAAUAACAAUUCUUGUUGCUACUAAAUUUCCAGAAUGGCAACAAAAAUAUGUUAAUCUUCUUCAAGAAUGUUAUAAUAAAGAAACAAAUUCAUUUAAUGAUGAAGUUUUAUUAUUUAAAGCAUCAGAAAUGAAAGAGAUGAGAAGAUCUAUACCAUUUAUACAGCAAAUGAAAUCAUCGAUAUUAAAUAGAUCAAAAGAAGUAACUGCAGAAGAAGCAUUUCAGAGAAGAUUACCGUUUAACGAAUUAAAUGUAUUAUAUAAUAGUAUAUCUUUUUUAAAACAGAAUCUCGGAAUAACUAUGCUUGAAAUCUUUAAAAUAAUACGUAACAAUAAUGGAAAAAUUACAUCAAUAGAAUCAGUCUCAAGCAAUAACGAAAUUAUUACAAUUCCAGAUAACAUAGAUAAUGCCAUACCUGGUCACCCAAUUUUUUUAUUUGAAAAUAUUUAA